UCUGACAGAGCUGAAGAAUGGACGCUACAAUAUUAUCUAUAGCCACCCAGAAGCACUACACACAAAGAAGAUUCAGAAGAUCUUUCAUUCAUCUGUGUACCAACAGAGAGUGUGUGCAGUUGCUAUUGAUGAGGUUCAUAUGAUUUCAGAAUGGGGAAGUGAAUUUCAACCAGCAUUCCGAAAAUUAGGUGAACUUACGGUGAUAUUCCCUAAUGCUUGCCAUUUGGCAUUGACAGCCACAUGUACCGAACAAAAAAAGAAUGAAUUGACAGACACUUUGCAAUAUAGGAAAUACACCUGUGUGUCUAUAAAUCCGGACAGACCCAAUAUUUAUAUAAGUAAAAGGUCAAGAUUACCAAAUAUAAAAAAAAUUGAUAAGUUGGACUCAUUGAUUGAGCCAGUGGCAGUGGAGCUAACUGAUAAAUUGAGUGACUUCCCAGUAACUAUCAUGUAUGUUGAAAGUUUGGAGGCGUUGGGUUAUUUUUACCAGUACCUUAAUUCUUAUUUAGGUAAAAGACAAUAUACUGGUGAGGAAAUUCCGGAGAAUAGAAUAUUUGCUCAGUAUCAUAAGGAUUAUACAAAAGCAAUGAAAUCCUUUAUUGUGAGUGACUUGUGCAAGAAGAAACCAACAAUUCGCCUUGUUCUUGCGACAGUUGCUUUAGGAAUGGGACUAGAUGCCCCAAGUAUAUCAAGGGUAAUUCACUGUAGACCACCUACCAGUUUGUAGGCCUACAUGCAGGAAAUAGGUCGAGCCGGAAGAAAAGGUCAAUCUUCUGAAGCUAUCUUGUAUUACAAUAAUAAUGACAUAUCAAA